GCGUUUCAGCCCUCCGUAAAGCGGCAACGCUAACUACUGGCAGUACUAGCAGUCCGGCAUGGUCUGUAGAGGAUUACGGUUGUCGGACCAAAUCGCGGGAUCUCGAUCGGUCAACGAGUAAAACUCGUAGUCAGUUGGAAAUUUUCCUCGUCCUUUCGCCUUGGCGAGAUUAUUUGUUUGUUUGGAAAGAGACGAGCAAGAAAAAUCAGAAUAGAAAAUAAUAAUCUGGCAUCGAAAACGCGAACUUGUGGACUUUCGGUGCAUGCACAAGCGCGUUGCGGGACAAAAAUAUUUUUACGAUAACGAUCGGUUGGCGUUACGUUAAAAAAAAUAUAUGUAUAUAUAUUUAUCGCUCAGAGAUACGAAAGUAGAGAAACGAUCGAUUUUUCGUUGGCUACAAUUUUUUAAUCGAGAAAUGCGAGGCGGGCCAAUAAGAAAUUAAUCGAACUAAAUAUUAUACAUAUUCACCCCUCGACUCGAAUGAAUUUCUCCCAAAAACGGGCGGGUGGGAACGGUGGAAACAUACACGAAAGCUGGAUUGCGAGAGUAUCGAUUAUUGCUGUUUGCCAUUUUUAUUUUCUUCCUUUAAAUCUUCGCGGCGAUGAAGAAGAUGUCGGUGAGCGAGGAUCGUUUGCUGAGCUAGCAUGAGCCUGAUGACGAUAAUAAUUAUCGGGGUGUUUUUGGCGAUUUUGGCCAGUCUCGAGGCUGUUACCGUUAUUGACCAUCACCCCGACGAAGAAUACUACAUAGAGCAUCAAGUUUCGUACAAGGAUGCUGUCGAGGAGGCAAAGAAACUCAAAAUAUACCCCGUGGGAAUGGAUGCAAAAGGACCAAUACCAGGCUGCAAAACCUGCAGCGCCGAUGAGAUGGAAUAUUGUAGUAACGAAGGCGUUGUGAAUGAUCAUUGCUGCUGUGAUACCGGACCAGAAGAUGACUCGUUCAGGUUCAUGCCUCACGUCUGCCGUAUCGGUCCAGAAGUUUGUCAAGUACAGGCUGCCGAUUGCGCCGAAUAUACAAGGAUCCGUGAGUGUUGUUGUCACGCUUAUCACGCCGGGAAGUGGAAAAACAUUGCAAGUGGAUCAUCAAGGAGCGCGCGGAGUGAUUAUUUUUCGUUUAUGAACUUGAUAGCGUUAUUUACAGCUUCGGGUAGAAUAUUUCCCAUCCUAACGUUAACGCGGUAAAUGUACACAUGCAUACAUAUAUCAUACACGUAUGCAUACGUACGCAUAAAUGUUAUAUACCUAUAUACACAUAUAUUAUAUACAACAAAUAUACAAAAAAGAUAUACAUUAGGUAUACAUUCAUACAU